UGCCGGAGCCGCUCUCCUUCAACACGCGCGCGCGCUGCGCCGUCUGCGGCGUCGGGUGUGCCGAAAGGCGGUGCGCGCGGUGCCGCAACGUGACGUACUGCUGCGACGCGCACCGCGACGCGGACGCGGCGCGGCACGGGUACUGGUGUCGGUGACUUUUGUGGUCGUCGAUUUUUGUGGUUUUGCUCUCCUCGUCUCGUUUACGGUGCGCGGUAAGGAGGUUUUGAGUUUUGCUCUCCUGUCUCGUUUACGGUGCGCGGUAAGGAGGUUUUGAGUAUGUUUCGGUUUGCAAAGGCCGUAGACCUCCACGAUGAGACGUCCUGGAGUGCUUGGGGCAUGGGUCGGAGGCGUCCCGCGCGGCCGCCGUCGGCUCCUCGUCCAGCAUGCCGCAGAGCGCCUGAACAUCGCUGGUCGUACAGCCCACUGACUUCGUGCGACGCGGCGAGGCUGCCAGCGACACGCCUAAGAUCUGUUCCGACCACCACGCGGUCUUUGCCAGCCGCCGCGCGGCCCAGGGAGCACCUCAACUCAGACCAAGUGAAUAUCCCCACCGCGAAAGCCCCACAGGGCGCGCCGCCGCCGCCGCACGCUCACUACACGCCCAAAACAGCUGCGCGGCCACGCCAGCCGCCGCGCUCCCGAAAAACGCGCAAAACCGCGACAAAGAAUAAUCCCGAGACGAUGGCGCGCCAGCCGCGCAUCCCCAUGAAGAGCGAGAUCGAGCAGGCUUUGUUGGUGCUAGAACACACGGAACGAUCGACACUGGUCGACUGCGGCGCCGACAAACGAAUCCGGCAGCUCUUCAAAACCACCAGUACAAGACGCAAGGCCCAGGAUUUUGAUAAGAGCGAGAUGUCGCCGACGAAGCUCGCUAAAUUGUCACAUAACCAGGGCCGAUCCGCGUUAUUGGGUGCCGAGUUCUGCACGGAUCUCGUGCUGGAGACCUGUGAUGUGGAAGCGGCCGGCGCGCUCGCGUCGACCUGCGGUCUAGCGAGGGUGCGCUGCGAGCCCAAGCUCAAGGCCUGGAAAGCACUACGAAGGAAGAUCCAGAACGCGGACCUCGGUACGAUAGAAACCAUACUAGACAAGUACGUGACGUCGCCUCGAACCAUGUGCUGGACGCUCAGUCGUUUGUCGGCCAUGGGCGGCGAGGGCGUGGCCUACGAGCACGGUAGGCGCCUGAAAGUCAGCGAGGCCAAGGGUUUAACUCCAAAACACGUCACGGAGAUAACCAAGAAGUUGAGGGCCGCCGAGAAGAGCGAAAAACCGCUGUACGGGCCGAACGAGCACAUAGGGUGCCCGCCGAAGCUCGCUAGAUAUGCCGCCAAUCAUUUCUCGGUGAAACAUGUCCGAGCGGAGCGACCCGACGUGCACGGGUGGACGCGGCACGCGGGCUCGAAGUACUGGUUAGGAGUGUGGAAACUACUGGCGAAUUCAGCUGUUUCAAGGAACAAGACGAAUGGCGGGCGCUACGUCCUUGAGAGGUUCGUGUUCCCAGCUCGCUCGGAAGAGUGGGUCGCGGUGGCCGAAGUGCGCGUCGCGAAGCGGUUUUAUAGUCAUAGAUUGGAACUGGUGGCGCAGCUCGAACAGACAGGGCCGACGCACUACCUCAAGGUGAAGCCCUCUUUGAGGGGUAGGGCCGACGACACUAUUGAUCAAAAACCGGCCACAUUCGAGCAGUGCGGCGCGGCGCCGGCCUGGGAGGGCGAGACCUUCGAGGUGCCGGCGGCGAGCAUGGGCAACCCCUGAUUUGUCCCUGCCCUAAGUUUACCAUUCGUCUGGGUUGUCUUCUGCGGCGCGCAGUCGUGGUCCGCGCGUUGCGGUCUAGCGGUCCUUUUGCCUUUCCUAUGUGUCUUUGGGGGUGCCGUCGAGGCUGCGACUGGUCGUCUUGGCCGCGCGAGACGUCUGUUGCGCAACCCGAACAGGAGAACGACUCGAGCAAGCUCUCCGGCUUUAAGCUUUUGGCCGCCGCGAACUCGCUUCCUCGCGCC